GCUUACCAAAACCGUGUUGAAUUUUUUCAACAAAACAUUCAAAGCUCUCUCCUUUAUCUUUACAACCAGCCCUUUCUUUUCUCUUCUACUUCUGUUUCCUUUCACCACAAUGCCAAUCAUCUAAAUUCCUUUGUCAAAGAACCAACCGAAAAUUAUAAAAAAAUUCUGUUUCUUUUUUUUCCCCACAACAAUGCGUCCCAUUUUAAACGCCGCCGCCGUUUUGCUUCUUCAUUUCUUGUUAACGGCGACGUUUUGUGUUGCAAUCAGGACCGUCGGCGUGCGAGAUGGGUCGGGUUUCGGGUUUUCGGAGGCACCGGAUUACCGUAACGGAGUUGAAUGUCCGGUUUCUAUCAAUAAAGAACUCGUUUCCUCUUGCGACCCGUCUUUAGUCCACGUGGCAAUGACUUUAGACUCCGAAUACUUGCGUGGCUCGAUCGCCGCCGUCCACUCCGUACUCCGCCAUGCGUCAUGUCCAGAAAACAUCUUCUUUCACUUCAUAGCCGCCGAGUUUGACCAGGCCAGUCCCAGAGUCUUGAGCAAACUCGUCCGAUCCACGUUCCCUUCACUGAAAUUCAAAAUCUACAUUUUCCGGGAAGAUACAGUUAUCAACUUAAUCUCUUCUUCAACCCGGCAAGCCCUCGAGAACCCACUCAACUACGCUCGAAACUACCUCGGAGACAUCCUAGGUCUCUGCGUCGACCGAGUCGUUUAUCUCGACUCAGACCUGAUCGUCGUCGACGACAUUCUUAAACUCUGGUACACAACCCUGACAAACUCACGUGUCAUUGGCGCACCCGAAUAUUGCCAUGCCAACUUCAGCAAGUAUUUCACGGACGGGUUUUGGUCUGACCCGGUUAUUUCCCGGGUCUUCCAGUCGAGAAAGCCGUGUUAUUUCAACACGGGAGUUAUGGUAAUGGAUUUGGUUCGUUGGAGAGAAGGGAAUUUUAGGAAAAGGAUUGAGAAUUGGAUGGAAAUACAGAGGAAACGAAGGAUUUAUGAGUUGGGUUCGUUGCCACCGUUUUUGCUUGUAUUUGCUGGGAAUGUGGAACCGAUUGAUCAUAGAUGGAAUCAACAUGGGCUUGGAGGGGACAAUGUAAGAGGUUCUUGUCGGCCGUUGCAUCCUGGUCCGGUUAGUUUGUUGCAUUGGAGUGGGAAAGGUAAGCCCUGGGUUCGACUCGACGCCAGAAAGCCUUGUCCGCUUGAUCAUCUUUGGGAACCGUAUGAUCUUUACAAGGGCAGUUUAGUCAAAACCGAGUCUUCUACUACUGCUUCAAUGUUGUUGGGAUAUUCCAGUUAUUUUGAUUCUUUUUUGUUUUUUCCUUCUUUAUUUGUUUUUACAUUGUUACAGAAAUGAUUUUUUAUUUGAUAGAGAGCUCAGCUGUUUACAAAUGGGAUUUAAUUUUUGUGAUUUACGUUUGAGGGUAUCAAUUCCUUUCAAAAGAGGGGGUUCCAAUAAUUUGGAACAAUUUGGUCGGGUUGAUUUCUUUGUAUGUAAUUGAAAAACAUUAUUGAGAGAGGCGGAAUAACAUUCGGUCGUUCAUUGCUUCUUUCAUUUUUUAUUUCCCAUUUUCUCCUCUACCUUUGCUGCAGUCCUUUUUUUUUUUUCUUCUUUCAUUUUUUUAUUAAAUAUAAA